CAUCGCUAAGAAAAACAACAACAACAACGUCUGUGGUUUACGUGCGUGAAAAUUAGUUAAGUUUUGCUAAAAAACCACAUUUAACGCUGUUCUAAGUACUCCAUAUGCUGCAGGGCAGACUAGGGAAAGCGGCGACCAUCAGGAGGACGGGAUUCAUUGGUCGAAAGUAGCCGUAAAGCGUGAAAUAGCGAAAGUGAAAACGGGUCAGUGCUGCGAGGAAAAGUGAACAAAACCCACUAUACGCCACAGAACGGGUGCCAAAAUUGCGAUAAACGAGAAAAACAUAUUAGAAAUCUAGCCCAACCAGUUACUAAACAAAAUCCACACCAUUUAACUUAGUUUAGGGCGAUUUCCUUCGAAAAACAAGGUGGCCAAAUCAAACAAACUGAACCAAACACCCACACACUUUCUCGGACAAAUUGUGUAUAUUGCGUUGCGAGGAGGGGAGAGCUCGGUGGGUCAGCGCAAGGAAAGCGAGGAAAAGCCACCAAACACAUGUCCUACAUGAUGGCCAAGACGCUGGAGGAGCAGAGUCUGCGGGAGUGCGAACACUAUAUCCAGACGCACGGUAUCCAGCGUGUCCUGAAGGACUGCAUCGUCCAGCUAUGUGUUCGCCGCCCCGAGAAUCCAGUGCAGUUCCUGCGCCAGUACUUCCAGAAGCUAGAGCGGGAACAAGUCAAACUGGAUGCCAGUAGACAGGUAAUCAGCCCCGACGACGCCGAAGAUCUCAGCCCGAUGCCACAGACAGCAGCUCCGCCCGUGCGCCGGCGUGGCGGCAUUUCCGCCGAGCCCGUCACCGAGGAGGACGCCACCAACUAUGUCAAGAAGGUGGUGCCCAAGGACUACAAGACAAUGAACGCCCUGUCCAAGGCCAUUGCCAAGAAUGUCCUGUUCGCCCAUUUGGAUGAGAGCGAGCGAUCGGACAUCUUUGAUGCCAUGUUCCCCGUGAAUCACAUCGCCGGCGAGAACAUCAUCCAGCAGGGGGAUGAGGGUGACAACUUCUAUGUCAUUGACGUGGGCGAGGUUGAUGUUUUUGUCAACUCGGAACUGGUCACCACCAUCAGCGAGGGCGGCAGCUUCGGAGAACUGGCGCUGAUCUAUGGCACCCCUCGGGCUGCCACCGUCCGGGCCAAGACCGACGUCAAGCUGUGGGGCAUCGACCGCGACUCCUACCGCCGCAUCCUGAUGGGCUCCACCAUCCGCAAGCGAAAGAUGUACGAGGAGUUCUUGUCGCGCGUCUCCAUUCUGGAGAGUCUGGACAAGUGGGAGCGCCUAACAGUGGCCGACUCGCUGGAGACGUGCUCCUUCGAGGACGGCGAAACGAUUGUGAAACAGGGAGCCGCCGGCGAUGAUUUCUACAUCAUUCUCGAGGGCUGUGCGGUGGUGCUGCAGCAGCGCUCCGAGCAGGGCGAGGAACCGGCCGAGGUGGGACGUCUGGGUAGCAGCGAUUACUUUGGCGAGAUAGCUCUGCUUUUGGACCGACCACGGGCGGCGACUGUGGUGGCCCGCGGGCCGCUCAAGUGCGUCAAGCUGGACAGAGCGAGAUUUGAACGUGUUCUGGGACCCUGCGCUGACAUUCUCAAACGCAACAUCACGCAGUAUAACAGUUUUGUAUCGUUGUCCGUUUAAGCCACAACGACAACAACAGCAACAACAACCACAACAUAAUAGCAACAAACAGCAACAGCUAAACAACAACAACAACAACAUCAACAACAACGCAGCGAAAGGAUACAUCAACUUGAAGACGAAAUAAGUGAAUGGAAGGAUAAUAGAUUGAUGGAUAAAUAAGAUACAAAAAAAAGAAAUAAUAAUAAUAAUAACGCUCAGAAGGAUCUGUAAACCAAUCGUAAACCCUAUAAGUGUGGUUAGGUUAUUUGCUCGAUUCUGGUUCAGAAUCCGCGGGCUGGAGCAAAAAAAAACUAAAAUGUUAAUUAAUUGAUUCUGUAUGUUGUGCUGAAGUUACAUUUGUAUGUGUGUGUCUCUGUGUAAAGGUUGCAACGGCAUGUUCCCGUUACAACUUUCUCCUAGCCCUUCACUUUCUUCGCAAAGGUCCUAUCUUUCCUUCCAUCGGAACAUGCUGGCUCCCUUCAAAGGAAA